AUGCGCUACUUCAAAUGGGGCAUUUCUCGCUUGAUAUUGGAACCAGCUGAAUGUCCAGAUAUCGUCCCAAUGUGGAUAGAAGGCACGGACGGUGUUAUGCAUGAGGACCGUGGAUUCCCUCGUUUUAUUCCUCGCAUAAACCAAAAAGUCAGCGUCACGUUUGGGGAAAAAGUGGACACUGAGGCUAUAUUUGGAGAGCUAAGAAGCAAAUGGCAGAAGCUGAAAAGGGAAUCGGAGCAAGGAAGCACUGAACCUCUCGCAGUUGGCAUCUUGAAUGAGAAGCUUAUGUACGGAGAUGAAGCUACGGAACUUCGACUGGAGUGUACGAGAAAGGUUCGGGACCUCGUUCUCGAGGUCCGGCGUUCAAGAGGCUUCCCAGAUGAAGAUCCGAAGGCCAGCAUGGCGGAGACAUGGCUGAGAGAGGGGCCUAAGAGAGAAGGCAGGAUGGAUGACGGCUCUCUGGUUAGAGACAUCUAG